AUGGCAACCUAUCCAGGAAAAGGAGCUCCUUCAAUUGGGUCUGUCUAUGUUUGCAACUUGCCUGAGGGGACUGAUGAAAAUAUGUUGGCUGAAUAUUUUGGCACCAUUGGGUUGUUAAAGAAAGACAAGCGAACAGGCCGACCAAAAAUUUGGCUGUACCGAGACAAACUGACAAACGAACCUAAGGGAGAUGCUACUGUAACAUAUGAAGAUCCGCAUGCUGCAUCAGCAGCCGUUGAAUGGUUUAACGACAAGGAUUUCCAUGGUAAUGCCAUUGGGGUUUUUAUAGCAGAGUCAAAAAGCAAAGAUGAUCAGAUUCAGAAUCCUGUGGGCGAUCCAAUUGUUGGUGGUGAGUAUGAUGGACUCGAGGAAAUUGCUCAGGAUACAAAUGGAGGUGGUGGCGGCGGUAGAGGUCGGGGUGACGCUCCUGGGAAAGCAUGGCAACAAGAGGGAGACUGGACAUGUCCGAAUACAAGCUGUUCCAACGUGAAUUUUGCAUUUCGCGGUGUGUGCAAUCGCUGUGGAAGUGCUCGACCUACUGGUGCUUCCGGUGGUGGCGCAGGAGGUGGUGGUCGUGGCAGGGGUCGUGGACUUGACUCUGGGGGCCGUGGUGGUCCUGUUGGUGCUCCUACAGGUGGACUCUUUGGUCCAAAUGAUUGGCCUUGUCCAAUGUGUGGCAACAUCAACUGGGCAAAGCGUACAAAAUGCAACAUAUGCAACACAAAUAGACCUGGUCACAAUGAAGGUGGUGUAAGAGGGGGGCGUGGUGGGGGUUACAAAGAACUUGAUGAAGAAGAAUUAGAGGAAAUCAAGCGACGUCGGCGGGAGGCAGAAGAAGAUGAUGGCGAGAUGUAUGAUGAGUUUGGCAACCUUAAGAAAAAAUUUCGUGCUAAAACACAACAAACUGAAACUGGACGAGCUCUUCCAGGUGCUGGACGUGCUGGAUGGGAGGUGGAGGAAAUAGAGAUGGCAGGGAGAGAAAUAGAGAGAGAGGAAGGGAACGUGAUGAUAGACCGACCAGCAAGACCAGAGAAAGAGAUGACAGGGAUAGGCAUCGCAGUAGAAGCAGAGAAAGGGAAAGGGAUAGGGGGAGAGAUCGACCUCGAGAUUAUGAUUAUGAUCGGGACAAAGAAUAUGGGCGGGACAGGGACAGGGACAGGGAUCGAGACCGGAACAGGCACCGUUACUGAAUGUUAUGGGAUAGAGUUUUGGUUCUCCUAUGCAAAUAGGUCGGACUGCAUUCGUGUUGAACUUUGUUUUACUUGGCAUUUUAAGCUAGUCGGAUGGAAUAUGGGUCUCCUCCACUUUCUUCGAACUGUGAUCUGCGCCUGCAUGUAA